AUGGGGUUCGCCAGCCUCGUCGGCGAGCUGGGCAUGUCUCAAUCCACAAAGAUAUUAGCAGCCACCAUACUGGGGUAUACCAGUAUCGCCUGCUGGCUGUGUGCACAACUACCUCAAGUGUUGAAGAAUCUGUCGCUGCACUCGUGUGAAGGCCUGGCGCUGCCGUUUCUGAUAAACUGGCUGUUUGGCGAUAUAACCAACCUCAUCGGCUGUCUUUUGACAGACCAACUUCCGUUUCAAACAUACCUCGCGGCAUACUUCUGCAUCAUUGAUGUGGCCCUUGUCGGACAAUACAUCUACUACCAGAAACCCCAGCCGGUCCCUACCCCGCGCCACAACUAUGCCGCUCUCACCGAAUCACCUCGCCAGGCCGUCAUCCUCCCUCCCAAUACCGCCCCCCUCAGCCGCAAUCAUUCUUCCUCUGGCCCCCUCGCCUCUCCCUUGACCCCGGGUGCCCAAUCCGCCGGUCUGCCGAGACAACGAUCCAAAAGAGGUCUUUACCGACCCACCUCUUCCUACUUUCCCGGUCCGGACCUGACCAUCACCUCUCCGCCUGACGGGUCGUACGCGGCGAUAUACGAAGCUGCCAUUGACGUUGCCCGCGCCGCCGAACGUGCGAAUGCGCGGAGUCAUUCGCGGAGACGGCGGUUAAGUCGACAGAAUAGCGGGGUGUUGACUGGCUCUGAACGCGGAGGGGAAGAAGGAGAAGGGAUGAUGGAGAGUUUCCAUUCGGAUAUGUCUGGGAGGACGCAGAGUACUGCAAGGGGGAGCCCGAGGGUGGGGGUGGUGCCGCUGGAAGGGGAUGGGAGGGGGCGGAGUCUGAGGAGGGGCAAUGGGAUGUUGAGUGGUGUGACGAGUUCGGGGGAUUUGUAUGCUGAAGGCGGGGACAGGUUUGACAGUCUUCCCCCGCCAGGACUCUCGGCAGACGGCCGACAUCACCGCCAUCGCGAGCCAAGCAAGGAUUCCCAUAAAAGCAGGAGUAUCAGCAUGGUCAGAGGGUCAGGUGGACGAGGGUCGAGGAGGACGGCGGGGAUAACGUUUAUGAGUUUGGGAUUGUUGAUCGGGUGGGGAGGGUUCAGGCCGGAUGCUGGGAGCGAUGUAGUGGCUGGUGGGAGUGUACUCAGUGAGCCUUCCGUCUCCCUGGGUGUGCGCCACCCUUUCGUGGUCAGCCCGCCGCAGACGCCAGACGUCUUCCUUCUCGAAUUCCCUCAUAAUCACACGACAGACGAACCCUCAUUACCGCACCCCGAGGCGCCGUUCUCGUUUCAGCGCACGGUCGGUAGGAUAUCUGCGUGGAGCUGUACAACCUUGUACUUGACUUCGAGAUUACCUCAAAUCUGGAAAAAUUUUCAACGUAAAUCCGUGGAAGGUCUCUCCAUCCUGCUGUUUCUAAUGGCAUUCUGGGGCAACGUCACCUAUGUCGCUUCCAUCCUCUUGAACCCCUCUGGUGGCGCCGACCCAGCCGAUAACGCACACUAUCUCCUCGAAUCACUACCAUACCUACUCGGUUCGGGCGGUACCCUCGUGUUUGACCUCACCAUCAUGAUCCAAUCCCUCAUGUACGGCUCUGCCCCGCCCGUCGCCCUGCCGCCGGCUCCUGCUGAGUGGUCUAGACGUAGAUUGGCGUCACAUAGAAAGAGAAUGAGGCAUGUAGAGGACGGGUAUGGAGGGAUGUCGCAGUCGGUAUCGGCAGAGAGAGGAGAGAGGGCGCCGCUGUUGUUGACUUCAUCCGUGAGCGGGCUGCCGGGACACGGAAACAGGCGGCAGGGGACGAAGAGGGGGAGGAGUAUCAGCCCGACGGUGCAUAAGCGGGCGCGGAGCCUGGCUACGUGA